UGUGACGUGCGAGCAAUCAUUCAAGAAAAACAAUGAAAUUAUAAGCAAAAAUUCCGCACUGGAAAAAAGUAAACAAGUGAUAAAAUUGAGCAUUACAAAGAAUUGAGUCAAUACGAUUCAUUUAACUGCUGUUGUUUUAUAUUCUAUGUAAAUUGAAAACAAAAACUAGCCAAUCAAUCGAGAAAAUUCAAACAAAACCAUAUAUUGAAGCUAUAAGUGUACAACAACAUAAUAACAAAGGAAUGUAUAUGCGACAGUCAAAAUAUGGUGCUAUCUAAGUAAUAAGAAUAUAUUGUGAAUAUUGUAAAGAAAGUGCGUUGUAUGACAGAUUGCACGUAAUACCAACAAAUCAUUGUAUAGUACUACACAAAUAUUCACUUCAAUUGGCAAAUGCGCUGCGGGCUCAAAUUACAGUGACAGGCGUUAAAUAUUCUGAAGAAUUCAUUAUUUUAUUGAUGAAGUUUUGGAUCUAAGCAUUCAGCUUUCAAAAGAGAUAAAAAGUGCUUCAUUGCUCCGUGUAGAAAACCGAUUGUAACAUCAAAAUGCCGAUUUUAUAUAGUGUAAUAUCGCGUGGUUCGACUGUGUUGGCAAAAAAUGCAGAAUGUGUUGGUAACUUCGCCGAAGUCACCGAACAAAUAAUCAAGAAUAUACCCACACACAAUCACAAAUUAACCUAUGCACACGGAAAUUAUUUGAUUCAUUUUAUAAACGAAGAUCGAAUCAUAUACAUGUGCAUCACAGACGAUGAAUUCGAAAGAGCCCGGGCAUUCAUGUUUCUCAACGAAAUCAAAAGACGAUUCCUGAUGCAAUAUGGUCUACAAGCGGCUACGGCUAUUUCAUAUGCCAUGAAUACGGAAUUUUCACCAAUUCUCGCCUACGAAAUGAAACACUAUAGUGAAUCGAAUGAAUUUGAUGCCAUCUCUCGAGUACAUGGUCAAAUAGACGAACUUAAGGAUAUUAUGGUAAAAAAUAUAGAAAAUGUGACGGCACGUGGCGAACGUUUGGAGUUGCUGGUCAAUAAAACGGAGAAUUUACGUGAUACAUCAGUUUCAUUUCGAAAAACAUCUCGAAAUCUCGCGCGAGCCAUGUUUUGGAACAAUAUUAAAAUGUAUGUUAUCAUUGGCGCUGUAGUUCUAUUCAUCAUAUACGUAAUUGUGAGCAUGUCGUGCGGCGGCUUAUUAUGGCAAGAAUGUAUACACAAAAAAUGAAAAUGAUAUUUGGCAGACGAUACGCAAAACAGAAAUCAAAGUGCGAUGAAUGCAAAUCAGAAUAAUCGCUGCAAUUCAGCAGCUUGACCUAUUCUGCAUAGUUACAACCAUUUUCCUAAAUAUUUUUCAAAGAUUUUGUUUUUUUUUUUCUGUUUGUUUUCUAUAUAUUUACUGCAAACCAGUUGUAAUUAAGUUUUGUAUUAUGUUAUUCAAAAAAAAAAAAAAAUGAGAGAAAAUGUGGCAAGAGAUUUUAGAUUAUCGUAGCGGAACGAUGUGCUGAAACUGGCAAAUUUAUUUUGUUCAUUUGGAAGGGAAAAGUAAUUAAUUAUCUCCAAUAGACUUUGUGAAACUCAAAAUUGUGAUGUAAAUCGGCUGAUAGAUUCGAAUUUGUGUUAUCUUUUGAUCAGAUCUGAACAUUCGAACGCAAAUAUAGUCGAAUUUGAACGAUUUAUACUAUAGAUCGGGAAAAUGUUGAUGGUAAUGAAAAAAACACAUAUGUUUAUAAGAAAGAGGUUUAAUUAUAAUAAAAAUUAAUACUAUUUUUGAAUUACAAUAA